GAUGCGUCAAUAAAAGACAACUUUCCCCAGGAUAACCAAAAGGUUCGACUGUCAGUGAGUGGUUUUCUGUGUGCUUUUGAGAUUCCAAUUCCUGGUUCUCCUACAUCAGCCACUAGCCCAAGUCAGCCAGAAACGAGCACCGUGCCAUCAACAAAUGGACCUCACAGCCUCAUUGCAAAUGGAGUGCUAAAUUGGCCACCGAUAAUCCCAAAUGGAAUGCCAAAUACUGUAGUGCCAUGUGGAACAGAGAAGACUAUUGUUGGGAAUGGAGUACUCAAUGGUCAUGUCUCAGUCCACCCUGAGGGCCCUUUCAUAGGUUACAUUAUUGCAAUUCACAGAAAAAUGAUGAGAACAGAGCUUUAUUUCCUGUCAUCUCAAAAAAAUCGCCCUAGCCUCUUUGGAAUGCCAUUGAUUGUCCCGUGCACUGUCCAUACCCGCAAGAAAGAUCUGUAUGAUGCUGUGUGGAUUCAGGUCUCAAGACUUGCAAGUCCUCUUCCGCCACAGGAAGCAAGCAAUCAUGCUCAAGACUGUGAUGACAGCAUGGGAUACCAAUAUCCUUUCACACUAAGAGUGGUGCAGAAGGAUGGCAAUUCAUGUGCACAGUGCCCUUGGUAUAGGUUUUGUAGAGGAUGCAAGAUCGAUUGCGCUGAAGACCGUGCAUAUAUUGGCAAUGCUUACAUUGCUGUGGAUUGGGAUCCAACAGCCCUACAUUUACGUUACCAGACAUCUCAGGAAAGGAUCGUAGAAGAGCAUGAAAGUGUGGAACAAAGUCGUAGAGCACAAGCAGAGCCCAUUAAUCUGGAUAGCUGCCUUCGGGCUUUCACCAGUGAAGAAGAACUGGGAGAAGAUGAAAUGUAUUAUUGUUCAAAAUGUAAAACCCACUGUUUGGCCACAAAGAAACUUGACCUCUGGAGACUCCCGCCAAUUCUGAUUAUCCAUUUAAAGCGUUUCCAGUUUGUAAAUGGCCGUUGGAUAAAGUCUCAAAAAAUUGUCAAAUUUCCAAGAGAGAAAUUUGAUCCAAGUGCUUUUUUGGUACCUCGAGGACCAGCACAGUACCAGAAAAAAAGAGCCAGACUUCAGGUUGAUGACCAGACUGAGCCACGCUUCACACAGGGAGACCAGAAAAAAAUGGAUUUGAUGAACUCUUCUGCUGUAGAUGGAGAUGCAAUCAGCAAAAUCCAACCAGUCAUCAGUUCUUCCAUAGUUAAUAGUAGUAAAGCAUCUCCAUCACAAAAAAGGAAAGCAUCUUCAAACUCCUCAAGUAAAAAUAGCAGUCCCAACCAUAGCCCCAGAUGCCUAGGGAGAGGUAAAGGCCGCCUACGUUUACCUCAGCUUGGAGGCAAGAAACUUUCAAGCAGCAAAGAGAAUUUGGAUCAAAGCAAAGAAAAUGGCACAGAUAGUGAGUCAAGAGAGACUGUGGAUCAGCUAGACUCAAAUAAAGGACAUGUUUUAAGUGGAAGCCAAACUGAAUUAGCUGUCAGUCAGGAAUGUGAGGUGGCGCUAACCAAUGGACUGAAUUAUGAGCUGAAUACAUGCAGCAAUGGUCAGCUUGAUAACCACACGGCUGAGGAGGAGGACAUCACUGAUGACCAAAGAGAAGACAUCUGCUGUCAGCCUAUCUAUAAUCUUUAUGCAAUUUCGUGCCAUUCAGGAAUAAUGGGUGGAGGUCAUUAUGUUACUUAUGCCAAAAAUCCAAACGGAAAAUGGUACUGCUACAAUGACAGCAGUUGUAAGGAACUACAUCCUGAUGAAAUUGACACAGACUCAGCCUACAUCCUUUUCUAUGAGCAGCAAGGGGUGGACUAUGCACAAUUCCUGCCAAAGAUUGAUGGGAAAAAAAUGGCAGACACUAGCAGCAUGGAUGAAGAUUUUGAAUCAGACUAUAAAAAAUAUUGUGUGCUUCAAUAACAUGGCUAUGCUUCCAGUAUGUUCAACUUAAACAUUGAAGGGACAAUAGAAAAUGAAAAGGAGCGAUGUUGAAUCAUUUUUAAGAACUCAUUAAUCAAUCUAAACAUACUAGUGUUGAGGUCACCCAUGCAUGUAGGGCCAUUCAACAAAAAUAGACAAUAGGGUAACAUGACAUUGUUGUUUUAAAUAUUCUAUUUUGUUCAAUAAGGUGGUUU